AUGGUUUCCUUCGCAUUUCACGAUAAUGAGAUCGUUUCUUCUCCUCUUGUCAUUGUUAAUGGAACCACCAAAGUCAAUCGUGGAACCAUCCAGUUCACCAACAAUGCAAACAAAGUGUUUCCUCCACAGACGUUUGAGGUUAAUGAGGGUCAAUUCAAAGCAUACGUUCACGUUUCUGAAGGUGUGAACAACUUUGAGGUCGAGGUUUAUGCAAAUGGUGUGAUUGAUCCAUAUGGUUUUGGGGCAUUUAACGGUAAACCAAAAGUAUCGGAAAAGGGACAUCUUGUGUUGAACUACAAGCAAUUGAACAACAAGCCGGUCCAUUUGUGUUUGAUUGUGGCCAAGGACUCGACUGGAACCUACGACUUGCCAGCUUAUAAGCGCCAAAGAGGUGAACAGGCCAACCUUCAAACCGCCAUAAAGCGACUUAAAGUGGCUGCUAGAAUGAUGCAAGCAUUCACCCAGGACGAAAUGAGAAGAGUAGGGUUUAGCAAUCGGUCUUUUCAGUUUGUCGAAGAAACGGUGCUGCACCAGGGCAUUUUCGGUUACAAUGUUGAAUCACCAACUCCACACCAAGAAGUCAAAGUACAUGUUCUUCGGUCUCCCUUGACAGUGGCCGAGUUAAGAGACCCGGAUAUUGCUCAACAGAACCCCAAGGGCAAGAAAACCGGCGAACUUUUUGGCCAUGCCAACCAUCUUGUGCUGAAUACUCCAGAGAUAUUCAAGACAUACAAAGAUGGAGAUACUCCUAUUCAGGCGGCCUGUAUUUACUUGGACUCCCACUAUGACGCCAAGUUGGAUAUGAUUUUGACCCAUGCUGCUUUAGGAGGAGGAACUAAUGAAGUCAAACUUGCGAUUUUUGGGUCGCAUGGUCUACACUCAUGGCCGGUCAACUUUGCCCAAAUUACUCCCUCAUUCUUGGAUGCCACCCAUCUCGGUAAAGACGUAGCCAACGAUUGCGGCGAGUGUGGAACCAGCUGGGAAUGUUGCAAUAUAACCAUGGGUGCGUUCAUGCACGAAAUAGGCCAUUCGUUUGGAAGCCCUCAUCAGGAAUCCGGGGUAAUGUUGCGAGACUACGUUUGGUGGAAUCGUUCUUUUAUGACUAGAGAACUCGAGUCGUUGAAGAGAAACACGAGAGGAGACAUGAUAAGAAGAGACGGAACUUGGUCGAAUUCGUGUCAUUGGCACGAUACGGAUUUGAUGAGAUACUUUUAUCACGAUUCGUUUUCCAUACCAGUGGACGAACAAGACCCUGGGUUCCGCAAGACAUUCACAACUACUAUGAAGCCCAAUCGCUCGUAUAGGGACAGCGGCGGAGCACCAACAAGUUAUUUGACUCCCAACAACGGGGUGAUGGUAUUAUGUGAUUCGGGUAUCUUUAUGGUGGAAAUCUGCUCAGGUGACUUGGCAAGAGUGCACCACGAUUAUCUUCCAAAGUCUUACCGCGGCACGGGAUUGCAGCAAGAAAUCAUGCUAGACUACGAGCAAUGCUACCAGGAGCUCAAGCUGCGAAAGAAUGACGCUGGAGAGAAUUUUGACAUCAGAGUCUUGUCGGUGGCUGGCGACCUUUACAUUCUGGACUUUAAAAAGUACUGUUCUUCCAAAGAUAAUGUGAUUAAAGGUGACUUUGGGUUAGGCAGAGGAGAACUUAGCGGUAUUCGGGGUCAACUUUUGGGUAACAAGAAAGAUAAGCCUGAGCAGGUGAUUGGGCUCGACUUGGACCAUGUGGAGAAAAUUCAUAUCUACCACGGAGGAGCUCUAGAUGGUAUACGGUUCUUCUUUCGAUCUUCAGAGUCCAGUCAGCCUGCUCCACCGGUUCCUCCAAGAAACUACUUGGACAAAUUGUCUAGGAAAUUGAAGGACCGUGCUCUGACCCCAAGAGGCUCAAAUUUGGCUAUGAAGUCUGUUCUCAUCGGCAACGAAAAACCCGACUAUUCGGAAUUUGUGUUGCAGCCUGGUGAGAAAAUAGUCAAGUUUCGUGUUAUGAAUGGAGCCUGGAUAGACGCAGUUCAAUUUCAAACCGAUAGAAGAAGUUCUGAUAUGUAUGGCAAUGCUUCUGGAGGCCAUCUCACAACUCUCGAGGUGCCACAUGGCUUUGAAAUCAUAGGCAUGUAUGGAUACUGCGGGUCUUGGCUCGACGGGUUGGGCAUUAUAUAUAAGUGA